AUGCUCUGCGACGCGCUCCUCGCCGACGCCGCGGGCGCCCGGUUCGAUGCGCUCCUGCGCGCGCCGCUCGAGGAGCUCGCGGCGUCCGCCGGGUCCGGCGACGACGCCGACGAGGGCGUCGAGGAGGACCCGGCCUUCGGCGACGCCUGCGUUGAGACCGUCCGGCGCGUCGUCGACGUCGCCGGCGCGGUCGCGCACCGGCGCCGCUGCCCCCUGGCCCUCGUGGCGACGGCGCCGCUCGCGGUGCGCUGCGCGUUCCGCGUCCUGCUCGCGCGGCCGGGCCCGGAGUCGCGGGACUGGUGCGCGCGCUGGGCCGCGAACCUCGCGAGCGACGGCGCGGGCGUCGACCCGGACGCCGCGGCGCCGGGCGACGACGCGCCCGUGCGCGAGACGAUCGGCGGCCACGUCUACGCGGAGUGGCGCCGCCGCGUCGAGCCCGCGGCCGCGGACGCGUCGGGCGCGCUGGGCGCCGGCCGCAUGGCGUCCGACGCCUUGGCGUCGGUGGAUGCGGCCCUGCGGUUCCUGCCGCCGGCCUGCCUCCGCGGCGCGCCGCCGGCCGCGGCCGAGGCCGCGGCCGCGGACGCCGCGGGCGCCGCGCGGCUCCUCGCGAACCGCCCCAAGGCGCGGGACCCGAAAGCCGCGCCCCAGACGGGGGGCGCCCUCGACCCGGCGCGCGUCGUCGGCGCCCUGGCCGCCGUCGCGCCCUGGCUCGUCGCCCUCGCGGACGACGGCCGCGCGGGCCGCGGCGCCGCCGCGGGCGCGGCGCUCGGCGCGCUCUGCGACGGCCUCGCCGCGGGGAGCCCGUGGCCCCGGGCGGCGCUGCCCCUGCGGCGGCAGUGUUUGAAUUUGAUAUGCGCCUUUUGCUGGCGCAAUCGGACCAUCAAGACAUCUUCAGAGUCCAUCGAAUUCCGCGGCAGAGGCAGGCCAGACAUCAGCACGAGCAAGUCGCUGAGGUCGCGCGCGACAUCUUUGAUCUGA